AUGCGCAACCCCUGCCGCUCUGUGCCGGCGCAUGCACACACCCUAGCGGGAGGCACGCCUGAGUGGCUGCCGCACCGUGUGCUGCGUCGACACAGCAGCCUCAGAGGUCGUCAUCCCAAGGCCACCACCACCGCCAAGACCGGCUCGAAGCCGUACGCCAAGAAGGGCGCCAAGGCCCCUCAGGACCCGCGCUUCGAGAAGCGCACGCGCAGCUUCGGCAUCGGCCAGGACAUCCGGCCGUCGCAGGACCUGACGCGCUUCGUCAAGUGGCCGCAAUACGUGCAGCUGCAGCGCCAGCGCGUCGUGCUCAACCAGCGCCUGAAGGUGCCGCCGUCGAUUGCGCAGUUCAGCAACACGCUCGACAAGAACACGGCCACGGCCAUGUUCAAGCUCUUCAACAAGUACCGCCCGGAGAGCAAGCAGGAGAAGAAGGAGCGUCUCGGCAAGAUCGCCGCCGAUGUGGCUGCCGGCAACAAGGACGCCGCCAAGGCCGGCCCCAAGCCCGUCAACGUCAAGUACGGCCUGAACCACGUCGUGGCCCUCAUCGAGGCCAAGAAGGCCAAGUUCGUCGCCAUCGCUGCCGACGUUGACCCCAUCGAGCUCGUCGUCUACCUGCCCGCUCUCUGCAAGAAGAUGGGUGUGCCGUACGUCAUCGUCAAGGGCGGCAAGUCGCGUCUCGGAGCCGUCGUGCACAAGAAGACGGCCGCCGUCGCCGCCCUCACGGCCGUCAACUCGGCCGACGAGCGCGAGCUGGCCACGCUCGUCUCGGCCGCCAAGGCCAACUACCUCGACAAGCACACGGAGCUCUCGCGCCACUGGGGCGGCGGUGUCCGCGGCGCCAAGUCGGCCGAGAUGAUGCGCAAGCGCGCCAAGGCUGCCGGCGCCAACGUCGUCAAGGAGGCCUAAGCGAUGCGCGCGCUCACUGUGCAUCGUGUUUCCCCUCCCGUCACCCGCAUCAAAAGCAGCUCGCCGUGAUGUCACGCACUGCUCCCCCACCCAUGUCCACCGC